UCAGUGAUUCAAGUGUGUGGCAGUCCGUUGAGAAGUCGACGCCGUUGUAUGCGUAUGACUGCGGGUUGAGAGAUAACACGAGUGAAUUUGCUAAAGCAAGGGUGGUUCUGUGUGGCCGCACUGAAUUACUGCAGCCCAUGUGCUCUGCUUGUUAAAAUGCUCAUCAAAGAAUUCCGUGUCACUUUGCCUCUUAAUGUGAAAGAGUAUCAAGUGGCUCAGCUAUAUUCUGUAGCAGAAGCUAGUAAAAAUAAUACUGGAGGAGGAGAGGGAAUACAAGUGUUAAAAAAUGAGCCAUUCACAGAUUAUCCUUUACUUGGUGGAAAAUAUUCUUCAGGUCAAUAUACAUACAAGAUUUAUCAUUUAGCUAGUAAAGUGCCUGCUUUUAUUCGUAUUAUGCUGCCAAAGAAUUCCUUGGAAAUUCAUGAAGAAGCUUGGAAUGCUUAUCCUUAUUGUAAAACAGUUAUUACUAAUCCUGGAUAUAUGAAAGAAAAUUUUGUAAUUAUGAUUGAAUCAUUUCACAUUGAUGAUGUUGGAAAUCAACAUAAUGUUCAUGAAUUACCUCCUGAUAAAUUAAAAAUAAGAGAAGUAAUACAUAUAGAUAUUGCAAAUGAUCCAAUUGCAAAUGCUGAUUAUAAGGAGGAUGAAGAUCCAACUAAAUUUAAAUCUGUGAAAACAGGUCGAGGUCCUCUUAUUGGUAAAGAUUGGAAAAAUAAUGUCCAACCUGUAAUGACAUGCUAUAAACUAGUUACUUGUGAAUUUAAAUGGUUUGGUUUACAAAAUCGCGUUGAAAGUUUUAUACAAAAAGCAGAAAGGCGUCUCUUUACUAACUUUCAUAGGCAAGUGUUUUGUUGGAUUGAUCGUUGGUAUGGUUUAACUAUGGAAGAUAUUAGAGCAAUUGAAGAAAGUACGAAAGAAGAAUUAGAUAGGCAAAGAGAUCAAGGAGAAGUAAGGGGUAUGCGAGCUGAUGAUUGAAGCUUUGAUAGCUUCUAUUAUGGAUGGUUAAAUCAAUUUCCUUAUAUGUCUCAGAUACAUACGCAUACCUAUAAAAAUACACUCACAUGUUUUGUCAUAGGCGAUCCUGCAGGAUCGGGACAAUUUCCAGAAUUUAAGUGUUUAGAUUCAGUGUCUAUUAUAAUUACUUAUGAUUUUAAUUUAUUUACAUUUACAAGCGUUUUAGAUAAAUGUAUCUAUUGUCAAAGAUUAUAAUAUAGCAAAUAAUAAGAGAGAACUGAUACAGAUCAGUUCAACUUAUACAAUGUAUAAAAUAUUCAAAAAAAGUACAGAGUUCGAUAAAAUCAAUUUAGGUGGAAAAAUAUGUAAUGUUAUUUAACACCAUAGUAGUUCAAUAUUAAAAUUUAUAAAUAAGUCGUUCGGAAUGC